CAGACGCCGUUGGCGCCGGCUUGGCCGCCCGCCAUCUUGGCCCCUGUGUGGAAGCGGCUGAGGCGCGGCGCCGGGAGCGGCCGGCGGCCUUCGCCGGAGCGCGGUGAGCCCGCGGGCGGGUUGUGGGGCGAGGAGAAAAGAACAAAAAAAAAAAAAAAAGAAAAUAAGAAAAAGAGGAAGAAAAUAAAAGGAAAUCAAACCCGCAGCGGGCUCCUCGGCCCCGCCAGCUCUGGAGACACGCAGUAAAAGGACUUCUGGAUUAUUUGACUUAGAACUGCACGAAGCACCUUCUGGGAAGGCUGAUUUUGAGGAGUGAGCGGGAGGUACCAGACUCGAUGAGUUUCCAUCGAAAUGUCGGAAAAGUCAGGCCAGAGUACAAAAGCAAAGGAUGGAAAAACAAAGUAUGCAACACUCAGUCUGUUUAAUACUUACAAGGGAAAGUCACUGGAAACUCAGAAAACCACAGUCGCCACACGCCAUGGAUUACAAAGCCUUGGAAAAGUUGCUAUUUCGAGGAGGAUGCCUCCGCCAGCUAACCUCCCCAGCCUCAAAGCAGAGAACAAAGGCAAUGACCCUAAUGUGAACAUUGUGCCUAAGGAUGGCACAGGAUGGGCUUCAAAACAAGAACAGCACGAAGAAGAAAAACAGCCAGAGGUGCCACAGACACAGCCAAAACCUGCUGCUCCUGCUCCUCCAGAAGCACCUCCUGUUACCAAAUCAUGGGCCAACACCAAGCCAGGUGGACAAGAUGGUCCAGCUCUUCCAGUAAAUAGUUAUUUCCAGCAAGAGUUUCCCAGUCUGCCGGCAGCUGGGGAUCAGGAAAAGUCAGGCAAAGAUAAAGAUGCAUCUGAAGAGACCCAUGGAUCUGGACCCAGCUUACGACCACAAAAUUCUGUCAAUGCAGAUGCUACUAACUGGAGAGAAGGCGGUAAUAAGGGCAAUUCUACAGCUGAUCAAGAAGGUCUUGGGCAAGAAGAUGGCAACGCUACACCAGCAGAACAAAACGAUGGCCAGAAGGCAGCAGAGAAGAGGGAUCCACGGUUACCACAAGUCCCACAGCCCAAGCUGAAUGGCCAGCAGCAACCACCUAUCUCAUCUCAGUACAGGGCAAUGAUGCCCCCUUAUAUGUUCAAUCAGUAUCCUAGAAUGGCGUAUCCUCCUUCCAUGCAAGGCCCCACAAGGUUUCCAAAUUCUGAGCCCAGUAGAGGGCCAAGAGGAAGAGGACCACCUUCGUGGUGUUCAGAACCUAUUGAGCGCCCGUCCAUUCUUAGUGCUAGUGAGCUGAAAGAACUUGAUAAAUUCGAUAACCUUGAUGCUGAGGCUGAUGAAGGCUGGGCAGGGGCUCAGAGUGAAGUGGAUUACACCGAGCAGCUGAACUUCAGUGAUGACGAUGAGCAAGGAAGCAGUCAGAAAGAGAAGGAAAGUGGUGAUGAACAAACACCAACAAAAGAUUCUCAGAGCCCAGAUGGCCAGAAGGAAGCAGAAGAGCAGACAAAUGCUAAGUCUGCCACCCAGGUUUCCACAACAGCGGCCAAAGGGCCUUAUGGCAAAACUCAGCCUGAUCAGGAUCGGGGUCCAGCACAGCCCUCUAUACAUGACAGAGGUGGUCCCGUUCAUCCCAAAUCUAUUCUACCACCGCAUCCUCCUCCUCCUGAUCGCCAGAUACCUGGAAGGCAGGGACCCUUUCCCCCUAAACCAGUACCAGAUGAAGAUGAAAUAUGGAAACAGAGGAGAAGACAACAAUCAGAGAUAUCUGCUGCAGUUGAGCGAGCCCGUAAACGACGAGAAGAGGAAGAAAGAAGAAUGGAAGAACAAAGAAAAGCAGCUUGCGCAGAAAAGCUGAAACGGUUAAAUGAGAAAUUUGGCUGUAUGACAAAACCCUCCCGAGAAGACCCUUUAAAAGAGCGAGAGCGAGAAAGAGAGAGAGAGAGGGAAAGGGAAAGAGAAAGAGAAAGGGAGCGGGAGCGGGAAAGGGAGAGAGAGAGGGAAAGAGAACGGGAAAGGGAAAAGGAGAGGGAGAGGGAAAGGGAAAAGGAAAAAGAGAGGGAAAGGGAGAGGGAGAAGGAAAAAGAAAAAGAAGAAAAAGAAAAACUGGAGAAAGCAAAAGAGCAAGAAAGGGAGAAUGAGAAAGAAAAGGAGGCAGAGACAGAAGAGAAAGAAAAGGAGGAGAAAGAAGAGGAGAAACCAGCAAAUGAGGCUCCUGAGCCUGUAGAACCUGUGGCAACACCUGUAGUAGAAAAACAAGAAAGUGAAAGCAGGAAUAACAAGGAAGAGAAAGAAGAUCAGCCAGUCUUUACCCGACAAGACAGUGGUCGGAAUGAGAAAGAGAAUGCACAGGUGACUCAUGAGAGUGAGCCAGAUUCAGGAUCUCAGCCACGUCCUGCUGUUUCCUCAGGCUAUUCUAAACAGUUCCAGAAAUCACUACCGCCAAGAUUUCAGAGGCAGCAGGAGCAGAUGAAGCAACAGCAGUGGCAGCAACAGCAGCAAGGUGUACUUCCACAGUCUGCUCCCUCCCAGCCCUCUAGUGGCCCUGUACCUCCUCCCCAGCAUAGACCCCUUUACCAGCCAAUGCAGCCACAUCCUCAGCAUUUAGCUUCAAUGGGCUUUGAUCCCCGGUGGCUAAUGAUGCAGUCUUACAUGGACCCACGAAUGAUGUCAGGAAGGCCUGCAAUGGAUAUGCCUCCAAUCCAUCCAGGAAUUAUGCCUCCCAAACCACUGAUGAGAAGAGACCAGAUAGAAGGAUCAGCAGCUAGUUCGGAUUCCUUUGAACACAUAGCUCGCUCAGCAAGAGAGCAUGCUGUUCCUUUGUCAGAGCCCCGCAUGAUGUGGGGGUCAGACCCGUACCCCCAUGCAGAACCUCAGCAAGCUAGUUCUCCUCCCAAAGUGUUAGAAGAGACUGACAACUUGAGGUCUGAGGCACACUUGGAGCAAGAACGAGUUGCUGUUCCCUCUGCAGCUUAUCCUGUAGAACACAACCAGUUGGACUCUCAUCCAAAGACAGACUUUUUCAGAGAAUCGGGAGAGGUGGAGGUACAAAAGUUCCCAAGCAGGCCUUUGGAAGAUGUACAGCCUCUCCAAACUGACACAUCUAACACUGCAGCUAAUUUUGAAGGAGUUGAUGAGAAUGUUUCACGCAGCUCUCCAGAAGAACUUGCCCCUGUGGGGGAGAGUCACUCUUCAUUAAAGAGAAGCAUUUCCCAUGGUUCUAGUCAUUCUCUAAAAUCAGAAGAACAGAGGAAUGAGACAGCAGCAAAUAUCCCUAAACUGAUUAACAGGUCUGUUGAGUCAAAGGACAUAAUUGAGAGAAUUGAGGUUAAGCCAAAAAAAGAAGUUUUGAUCAGUAAUAGAACAACAGAAGGACCAAAACCUGAAAAAACCUUCAAACCUAAGUCUGAAACAAGAUGGGGUCCUAGGCCAGGUUAUGGCAGGAGAGAAGAAGGCAGUGAUAGACCAGUAAGAAGAUCGGGUCCUAUUAAGAAACCGGUGCUUAGAGAUAUGAAAGAAGAGCGCGAGCAGAGAGAAGAGCGUGAACAGAGGAAGGAGAAAGAAGGAGAGAAGAUAGCUAAUGAAAAACUGAGCAAAUCUGAAAAAAGUGACAAAAAGGAAGCACCUCAAGUGCCAGUGCCUCAGGCUGAGCCAGAGACGUCUGCCUCUAGCGGUGCUCCUCUGGCUAAGAAGAUAGCCCAGGAUGCUGCCCCAACACCUGCCAGCUCAGAGAGCAGUCAGCCUGAGACUGUGGUUAAAGUUCCAGUUCAGCCAUCCACGCCUCCAGUCUCCCAGCAGCUCCCAGCUCCCCAGCCUGUUGCUGCUCCCCAGCUGCCCCCUGCCAUCCCGCAGCAGCCGCCUGCUCAGCCCACAGCACAGCAGCAGCCACAGGUUCAGCAGCCAGCUACGGCGGUGAAGGAGGAGAAGCAGACAGAGAAGGCAGUUAGCAAGGAGAUUGUGGAGAAGCCACGCUUAGAAACCAGGCCAGUAAAAAGAGAGCCUGGCUUACCACCUAGGACAUACUGGAAGGAGGCUAGGGAUAGAGACUGGUUCCCAGAUCAGGGCUACAGAGGGAGAGGUCGUGGGGAGUAUUAUUCUAGAGGUCGCAGCUACAGAGGUUCUUACGGAGGACGUGGUCGGGGCAGCAGAGGCCAUAACAGGGAGUACCCACACUACAGAGAUACUAAGCCUAGAUCAGACCAUGUGCCUUCAGGGCCUGUUAGGCAGAGAGAAGAGAGUGAAACUCGCAGUGAGAGUUCUGACUUCGAAGUAAUUCCAAAACGGCGGCGACAGCAUGGUUCGGAGACUGACUCUGACAGCGAAGUUCACGAAAGUGCGAGUGACACUCUGCUUUCAGACAAAGACAGCCUAAUCAAAGGCAAGCACCCAAAAAGAGAGGAGAGAACCGAUGGCAAGAAACCUAUGAAGCCACUGUCAUUCAAACCUGAAAACAAUAUCAGAGUAGACAACAGAUCUCUAGAAAAAAACUAUAUAAGAGAUGAUGAGAAUAAACCCAAACCAGGGUUUCUUCCUAAGGGAGAGCCUUCUAGACGAGGCCGAGGAGGGAUGUAUAGACGUGGUGGUAGGGAUCCUGGUGGGCGUCCUCCACGUCCAUCCACAAUAAGGAGACCAGCCUACAGAGACAAUCAGUGGAACCCUAGACAAACAGAGAUCAUUAAAACAGAAGACGGAGAGCCUCCAAGGAGAAAUGAACAUUACGGUCCCAUACCCGUUGAUAAAAGACCUCCAAAGUUUGAGAGGAAGUUUGAUCCAACCAGGGAGAGGCCACGAAGGCAAAGGCCUGCUCGGCCUCCGAGGCAAGAUAAGCCACCACGCUUCAGGCGGCUAAAAGAGAGAGAGGCUGCAUCCAAGAUAAAUGAGGCAGUAACCAGCUCAUCAACAAGUGCUACGGUCAGUAACGCAGGUAAUGAGCCCUCCAACGCUGCUCUGGAAGUUUCAGGAAGUAAGACACCGGACUUGUCCAACCAGAAUUCCUCAGACCAGGCAAAUGAAGAGUGGGAAACGGCCUCAGAAAGCAGCGACUUCAAUGAGAGGCGUGAGAGGGAUGAGAAGAAAACAGCAGAUGUAGCGGCACAGGUGGCUGCAAAGGCAGGAGAAAACACCGGAGCUCCAAAAAGGGAAAUAGCCAAGAGAAGUUUCUCUAGCCAGCGGCCUGGCAUAGACCGUCAAAACCGACGUGGCAACAAUGGGCCAGCGAAGCCGGGGAGGAACUUCUCAGGGCCUAGGAGUGAAAGGCGCAGUGGUCCUCCACCCCGAAGUGGAAAAAGAGGGCCAUUUGAAGACCAGACAGCAACUGUGCCCGGUGUUGAUCCCACCACCACCAACUCGUUGCAUCAGGAAGAAGGAGGUGUUACUGUUGCAGGACAAAAGAGCACCAAGGAUGCAAGUGGCAAAAAGAGAGAGGAACCUAAAGCUGGUCCAAAGAAGCCUAAGGAAAAAGUGGAUGCCUUGUCUCAAUUUGAUCUUAAUAAUUAUGCAAGUGUUGUGAUCAUUGAUGACCACCCUGAAGUGACAGUAGUCGAAGACUCCCAGUCUAACUUGAAUGAUGAUGGUUUCACCGAAGUGGUGUCGAAGAAACAACAGAAACGCUUGCAAGAUGAAGAGCGCAGGAAGAAGGAAGAACAAACAGUGCAGGUUUGGACCAAAAAAGGAUCAAGCGAAAAAGGUCGAGGUCAGAAUUCCAAGCUGCCACCCAGAUUUGCCAAAAAGCAGCAGCAACAGGCAGCAGCUGCAGCUGCGCAGCAGGCACAGGCUCAGGCACAAGCUCAGGCACAGUCUCCGUGUGCAACGCAGACUCCAGGUCAGCCACAGGCUUCUGUUCAGCCUCAAAACCAGGCUGCAGGAGGGACGGCGGCAAGCACGGAAUACACAGUGUCAGGCAAAGUUCUGCAGAACACCCAGGCUCACAAUGGUCUAGGAACUGAACUAUGGGAAAACAAGGUGCCUGCUUCAGCAGUUCUAAAUGACAUCUCCAAAAAAUUGGGACCCAUUAGUCCACCUCAGCCACCUUCAGUCAGCGCUUGGAACAAGCCUUUGACAUCUUUUGGAUCAGCUACAUCUCCAGAGGGAACAAAGCCUGGGCAAGAAGGUGGAGUUGAGCUUGGCAUAGAAACUAUUCAGUUUGGAGCCCCAGCUUCCAGUGGCAGCGACAAUGAAGUUGGCCCUGUACUUUCUGAGAAGUCAACUGACAAGCUACCAGAACCAAAAGAACAAAGACAGAAGCAGCCGCGGGCUGGACCCAUCAAAGCACAAAAGCUUCCAGACUUGAGUCCGGUAGAAAACAAAGAGUAUAAGCCUGGUCCUAUUGGGAAAGAGCGUUCUUUAAAGAACAGGAAAGUGAAGGAUGCCCAACAGGGAGAGCCUGAGGGACAGGAGAAGCCAUCUCCCACCUCUGUCAGAAGUCCAGAACCUGUCACUGCAAAGGAAACCAAAGCAACGAGUGAACUGAGCACGGAAAUAGGAACAAUGAUAUCUGUGUCUGCUCCAGAGUUCGGAACAAACACAAAGGAGUCUGUAACAGACUACACUACACCUUCUUCUCAUCCUAACACAGUGGCUACUAGCAGUACAAAAAUGGAGGAGACUUUGGUGACGAACGUGCCCCUGCCCCACACCCUUCCCCUCCCUAGGAGGGAGACUCUACAACAGAGCUCCAGCCUAACUCCAGUUUCUCCCGCUACCGUCGACCUCACCCUCAAGAUGGAGUCUGCACGCAAAGCAUGGGAGAAUUCCCCAAACAUGGGGGAGAAGAGUUCACCGGUGACAUCAGCAGCGUCUCCCAUAGCUGGUGGCAGCAGCAGCAGCAGUAGCAGCAGCAAUGCUGGGCCAAACAGUGGUACUUACAGCUCCUUCUCCAGUGCAUCGAUGCCUCCUAUUCCUGUAGCCUCAGUUACACCAACAACUUCGCUAUCAGGAGCUGGAACAUACACAACCUCUUCACUGAGUACAAAGACUGCAAGCACCUCAGACCCUCCCAAUAUAUGUAAAGUGAAACCACAGCAGUUGCAGACAAGCAGCCUAGCUUCUGCAAGUCACUUUUCCCAGCUGAGCUGCAUGCCAUCCCUCAUCGCUCAGCAACAGCAAAGUCCCCAGGUCUACGUGUCUCAGUCUGCAGCAGCUCAAAUUCCAGCAUUUUAUAUGGAUACAAGUCACCUGUUCAACACCCAGCAUGCGCGUUUGGCACCACCUUCUCUGGCCCAACAGCAAGGCUUUCAGCCAGGGCUUUCACAGCCUGCUUCAGUUCAGCAGAUCCCCAUCCCCAUUUAUGCACCUCUGCAAGGACAGCAUCAAGCUCAGCUGAGUUUAGGAGCAGCACCAGCUGUGUCACAAGCCCAAGAGUUGUUCAACUCCUCCUUGCAACCUUACAGGUCCCAGCAAGCUUUUAUGCAAAGUGGUUUGUCUCAGCCAUCACCAGUGGUCCUGUCUGGUACGGCCUUACACAACUUCCCAACAGUGCAACACCAGGAGCUUGCGAAGGCACAGUCAAGCCUGGCAUUUCAACAGACUUCUAAUACACAACCUAUUCCUAUCUUAUAUGAACAUCAACUUAGUCAAGCUUCAGGACUGGGAGGCUCUCAGCUUAUUGAUACACACAUCCUACAGGCCAGAGCUACACUCACCCAGGCUUCAAAUCUGUAUUCUGGGCAAGUUCAACAGCCUGGCCAGAGCAAUUUCUACAACACUGCGCAGUCUCCCAGUGCUCUCCAGCAGGUAAACUAUGGCAUGGUGACGGUACCUUUACCAGGGUCACAGCUUUCUUUGCCCAACUUUGGAUCUACAGCACAGCCACUCAUUGCCCUGCCCCAGUCUUUACAACCACCACUACAGCACACACCACCACAAGCGCCAGCGCAAAAUCUAAGCAGACCUGCACAAGUAACCCAGCCUUUCAGAGGAUUAAUCCCAGCAGGAACUCAACACAGCAUGAUAGCUGCAACUGGAAAGAUAUCAGAAAUGGACCUGAAGGCAUUUGGGGGUGGUAUCGAUGUUAAACCUGGAACACCACCAGUUACUGGUAGAAGUACUACGCCAACCUCCAGUCCCUUCCGGGCCAGUUCUACAAGUCCGAACAACCAGUCCAAUAAAAUGAACAGCAUUGUCUACCAGAAGCAGUUUCAGUCUGCAGCUGCUGCCGUGAGGAUGACACAGCCAUUUCCUGCACAGUUUGCACCACAGGCAAAGCAGAGAGCAGAGGUACUUCAGUCCACCCAGAGAUUCUUUUCUGAGCAGCAGCAGCAGAGCAAACCCAUAGGAGGCAAAGCACAGAAAGUGGACGAGAACGGGAGCAAACCCUCCGAGGCAAUUGCUGACUCUUCAGGAGUCUGCCAAGACAAAACCGAGGAAAAGCCUACCCCCGCACCUGCUGCAGCAACAAAACCUGUUAGAACUGGACCAAUCAAACCUCAGGCAAUCAAAACCGAAGAAACAAAAUCUUAGAGGCUGUAUUUCCUUGGAGGUGGGGGAGGAGGGGAGGGCGGGUGAGAUGACAGCAGCAUGAAUUUGUAGCCCCGAGGGGGAGACAACAGUUCUCUCUCCCCGCAGGGCUCUAAACAACACAAAGGGACGUAGAAGCUAGCGGCAGUAAUGAAUUUAAACUGCUGCUCAUCCAGCUCAGCUUCUAGGUUCUUGGGUCUUUUAUCUUCUCUGACAGCACGAAGGCUGCUUUUUGGUAGUGUGUGUGCACGUUUUACACGUGCGCGGGGGUUUUGGCUUACACACCUGUGUGCUUCCCAAAGCGGGCCCUGCGGAGUAGCACAGCAGGGCAGCAGGUGGCUGGGGAGUGACGUUCCUAGCUGACAAGACGAAUACUCUUAUUUUCUUCUGAUCUUCAGCUGCUAUUUAUCUUCUUACAAACCCGUGAGUAUGAGAACAUGCAGAUCUGAAGAUGGUGCUGGGCCAAGUAAUGGGCGUGAAGUUUUUAGCGACUUCAGAAGCUCCUAGCUCGUAAUAAGCAGAGGGAUUCACCUAGCUGGCAAAGCUGCCCUUCCCGUGUGACGCCCGAUGUAAUAUAACGCAGAGGGUAACCCUGAUGUUGAAUUUCCCUCUGAAGGCAGUGCUUUGCUGGCCGCUGCUUCUUGGAUGACAAUAUACUGUAUUUAGAUCACAAUAUGAAACCGCUACUUGGCCACCUGUGUUCUCUACACCCGCUCCCCCCUCAGUUGUUCACCUCUGGAGCUGAAAAGUUAACUGCAUCAAUAGCCAGAUUUGUUCUGUUCACCCCUGUCCAGCUAUCUUUAUAUGAAGCGAGUGAUCUUUAAACGGUUUCCAGCUUAUGUCUGUAUACAGCAAUGAGCACUUAGAACUGUGCCACAAGAAUAAAAGAAACCUUAUCGGAUUAAAAUGAAUUUUAUCGAAAAGGUGCAUUCUUUAUAUCAGAGCUGCGUCGCACCACCUCCUUGCCCACAGUGUGCUGGAAAGUAGAAUCAAGUCAAAUAAUGCCUUUUUAAUUGUAUCCUCUAGUAUUAUAGCUGUAGGACAGUACUGUAUGAUACUUCUGUGAAUGUAAGAUAUCCUGUACCUGCUUAUGAUAUGUAGUAGUGACUGUGCUAUACUGGAGCUGUUUUUAAUAAUGUUAUUCUAGAGGUUUUUUCCAGACAAUGAUUGAAAAGCUAAUAAAAAGCACCAGGUACCACAUCAGUAGCAGAAUUUGCUGUUUUCUUCUGGGAUUUUUUUUUUACUUUUUUUUUUUUUUUUUGGAAGGAAGAGUGAGUUGAAAGUCUAAUGUGUAUAAUUUUGUUCAAAUGACUGCAGAAGCUGGAGAGGCUGUUGCUGCUAUUGAUGCCUAGUGAAUUGCUAUUGGUUAUCUUUUUAUAUAAAUAUAUAUAUAAUUUGAAUUUUUGGAAACUUUAGCUGUGAUGUCAACUUUGGAAAAAAGUAUCCCACUUGUAGUGUGAGUUGGCAUUGUACAGAAAUUAACAGCCAUAUUGGUCUAGAAAUGUUAAACUUAAUUUUUUUUCCAUUUGUACAGGGGUAACGCACUGUAUUAAAUAUGUACGGUCUUAUUUACAUGGGUUUGAUUACAGAAACUAAUAAAGUAUUCUCUAAAUAAA